AAACAAAAAGAAAUGGAAUAACUGUAAAUUUUGAGUGGAUUUGAGCAACCAAUGCAAAGUGUACCACGAAGGAACGCAAAUGUGUAAUUGUAACUGAUAAAAUCAACUCGGUUUAAAAGAAGUGAAAAGGGAAUAGAAGAGGUAGAAACGCAGAAGCACCAGUAACGCUUAUGAUGGAAAAAGAUAAUUUAAUUUUAGUUGCAAGCUGACUUCUAGUUUUUUAUUUUUUUAUUUUUGUAAUGUGCAUCCCUUCGUUAUCGUUGAAUUCUCUCCUCGUUUAUUUAAAAGUGAAAAAUAUAAAUUUUCUGAAAUAGAAAUACAUAGAUCCUUGAACGUCUCCGUUUAAAUUUUUAGUAAAUUUUUGUCGUUAGUAUAUUUUCAACAAAACCUUCCAAAGAGCAUUAUACAGUGAUUUUAAAUAAAAAUAAUUAGACACAAUCAAAAAAAAAAAAAAAAAAUUAACUGACUGAAUUAAAAAAAUACAUAAUAGCAAUUAAAAUAAAUAAAAAAUUAAACAUGUCGGAGCACCAUCGUGGUGCUUGGGAAAAUCGUCAAGCAGCAGGAGAUGCUGUUUGGUGGCCAGCAGCGGCUACGCUUGCUACACAAGAUCAACAAACUUUACAUCAUCAACAUUUAAUUAAUCAACAUCAUCAACAGCAAUUAGCUGCGCAACAGCAGCAGCAACAGCAGCAACAACAACAACAGCAACAACAAUUGCAACAUCAAGUUGUUGUUCAGCAGCAGCAGAAUCAGCAGCAGGCGCACAAUGAUGCGUCGCGUAAUAAUUGCACAACAUCGGGUGUAGCGACACAACAGUUGUUUUCAUAUAAAAUGGCAAGUAGUUUUCAAAAUCCUGCUACAACAAUGGCACAAGUUGUGGCCACAUCAAAUGCUGGCAACACUGGCUAUGACUAUCGUCUGAAUAUGGCGGCUGCAGCAGCUGCUGUUCCUGGAUCACAAUGGUGGUAUUCAGCAGCUAAUCAAGGUCAAAUUGAUGCAAAUGCAUUGCAACAGCAUCAGCAGAACCAGCAACAACAGCAGCAACAGCAACAACAACAGCAACAAGCUCAGCAACAGCAGCAGCAACAACAACAGCAAGCUCAACAGCAGGCUCAACAGCAACAACAACAACAGCAGCAACAACAAUUAAAUAUGGGUCAAGCGGCAACGAAUCAGCAACAAACGAAGUCGUCGACAACGACAACGGCAACAACAACAACAACAACGCUACAAGAACAAAUAAAUAGCGAAAACAAUAAUCAAUCACAACCAACUCUUCAACCACAACAACAUCAAAUUCAAUUACAGAAACAACACAGCACAAUGAUUCGUGGCAAAGCGGACGCAAAACCUCGAGGCCGAAUGACUGCGUACGCGUAUUUUGUACAAACAUGCAGAGAAGAACACAAGAAGAAACAUCCCGAUGAGACAGUUAUAUUUGCCGAAUUUUCAAGAAAGUGCGCUGAAAGGUGGAAGACAAUGGUGGAUAAGGAGAAAAAACGAUUCCAUGAAAUGGCCGAAAAAGACAAGCAGAGAUAUGACCUCGAAAUGCAAAAUUAUGUUCCUCCUAAGGGCGUUGUUGUUGGACGAGGAAAGAAACGGAAACAGAUUAAGGAUCCAAAUGCACCCAAAAGAUCAUUAUCGGCAUUCUUUUGGUUUUGCAAUGAUGAACGUAAUAAAGUUAAAGCUCUGAAUCCUGAAUACGGCGUGGGAGAUAUUGCCAAAGAAUUAGGCAGAAAGUGGUCCGAUGUUGAGCCAGAGACAAAACAGAAAUAUGAAUUAAUGGCUGAAAAGGAUAAAGCGCGUUAUGAAAGGGAAAUGACAGAUUACAAACAAAGUGGGAAAAUUCCAUUAUCGGCGCCGUCAAUGAUUGCUCAAGCGCAGGCAGCGCAAAAAGCUGCGUUACUUGCUGCUGCCGUACAGCAACAGCAGCAGCAACAGCAUCAUGACGACCAUGAUGAUGAUGAUGGUGACGGAGAUGACGAUGAAAAUCAGUAGACUUAAGUUCGUAAUUAAAUUAAAUUACAAAUAAUAAUUAUAAAAUAAUAAUUAAACUAAAAAAGAAAAUAAACAAAAACUGAAGAAAUAAUAGAAAAAAAAGAAAGAAACCAACAAACAAUAUUUUUUGUAAAAUAUAAUAAAGCUGGUAAAAUGAAACAAAAACAAAAUAAUUAAAUUUAUAUAUAAUUUAAGAGUUAUAUACAAUUAAAAAACAAACAAAAAAAAAAACAAUGCUAAUGUACGAUAAUAUGAUUGUAAGUUAAAUCAGCGAUUUUUUGUAAGUUUUUUCUCCAAAAACAAAAAUACGUUUAAAGAAUUAUUUUCUUUUUUUACCUUUAAUUGGAUAUUUAAGUUUUUAUAUUAAAAAAAAAAAAGUAUACAUAAAAUAAACUGACAUCCACUUUCUCCCAUGAUAUCAAUAAAAAUGAAAAAAUAAAAACAAAACAAGUGAAACACAAUAAAAUGUUUUUAAUUUAUUUUGUUGGAACUUAUAUUGGUCAUUUUUUCUCCAAAUUUUUAAGAGCACAUUCGUAUUUUGUUUUGAAGAAUCAUAUUUUUUUUUUUAAGAAAAGAAAAGAACAAAAGACCCCAAACAAAAACUAGUAAGUAACAGAACGGAAAAUAUGUAAAUAACUAACACAAAAACUAAUAAAUUAAAAUUUAAAAAAAAAACAAGAAAUAAUAAUAAUUAAAACAAAAAAAAUGAUUUAUAUAAGAUUGAGCAAAUAAGUAUAAACAAUUAAGAUCUUACAUAAUUCUUAGUACUUGUACAUAGUUAACAAAUAUAUAUAUAAAUAAUAAUAGUCAAAAAUUACACUGGCGACUCGAACUAAAAACAAAAAUAUUCUUUUCGCAAAAUGAAAUUAUAACUAAAAAUUGUAUUUAAUAUAAAUAUAAAGUGAGAUGAUGUACAUGAUAUGUGAAGUAUGAUGACAAGCAGUGAAUGUUGUGGUCUUUUUGUACGUAACAAAAGUAAAUUUAAAAAAACAAAAAAAAAAUAAACAAUAAUAUAACUGAAUUUAAGUAAGAAGAUUUUCAAAGUUAGGGAUAUGCAAACUAUUAAUUAAAAACAAAAAAGAAGAAACAAACCGAACGUUAAAAAAAAAGAAAAAGGAAAUCCCAGUAACCAUCUUAUUGUUCCACAAAAUUUCAAAACAAAACAUUCGAUGGUGUUUAUACAAAAACAAAAAAGAUUUAUUUAGUUAACGCAGUGUUUAUUUUUUAUCAAAAAUUUAUUCUCAUUUGCCUUUUUUUUAUUUUUAUUGUGAUAAGUUGGAAUUCUGAGUGAGGCUCCUUUAAAAAAAAAAGCAAAAUAUAAAUCGUACUUUUAAGUCAUCAUUUUUUUUUUUUUAAAUAAAACAUCAAUGGUUCAUUAAUCUCAAAUAUUGAAUACUAAUCAGUUGGAUUGUAAUUAAAUUAUAAUUUAAAGCGGAAGUUAAUUUAAAAUGUGUUGCAUUUUCUGGUUUUGUCCAAGGCACAACAAAUAUAAAUUCGUCAUUUUUCAUAGUCCCUAUCAGUCUUGUCGACGGAGAAACAAAGCACUUGCGUUUACAUUUUACAUGUUUUCUUUCUAUGCUUAGAAAGCUUGUAAUGUUGUCUUUAAGUUCAAUCGAUUUUAUUUCAUUCGCUCAUGGGAAACAAAACUAAAACAUUUUUUUUAUAAUUCCGAAGUUUUUCUUUUUUAAUAAGAAAAACUUGGAUAUAAGAAAAAAUAGUCUUGUAUUUUAAGAGUUUCUUGUAUCAGACCACCCUUUUACAUCAUUUAACAGAUUGAAAGCAGUUAAACACUUUGAAACCUACCACUGCAUCAAAUAUAGUGACUUGAGCAUAUAUAUAAUUCUUAUUUUAUAAAUUGUUAUUGAUCUCUAAAAAACUAUUAGGGUCAUCAACUUGUGAAUUGAACUUUCGAUUCAAUUAGGUACUUAAAAUUGUUGGUAUGCCAAACUUGGAGUUAUGCCCCAUUUCUAGUAAUAUUGUGUGGCAUAAAUUUGACAUUUGGUAGAAAUAAGUUAAAUUUAUGAAUUACACAAGAAUUUGUUUCGCAAACGCGUAAAUCAACGCGAUAAAGCAAAACACGUUUGCUUGCAUCCACCAAAUACUCCAAAACUAAAUAUCGUACAUUAUUAUUUUUACGUUAACCAUUUACUGGGUUCUUGUCAGUAUAAGAUUUUGAGCCAUUCAAUUGUAGCGGCUACGACGAUUACUUCAAAAAUGCAUCAAAAGCGAAAUGUUUCUUAUGAAACCAUCUCAAAAUUUAAACUUUUAAGUUUUAAUUAUAACAAAUUUCAAACUUUCUAGACGAACCCAAUCAGGAAAGAGGAAUUUUCUUUGGUGCCUUAUGAAAUAAAACCAGAGCAACGUAAUUUACCUUGACUUUCUGUCUACCAUCAAAUAAAAGUAUUUUGGUUCAUAUUUUUCAGUUUAAAUACAAAAUAAAGAAAACUUAAAAGUUUUUUUUUUACUUUUUCUUUGGAUUUAUUUAUAAAAAUGUAUUUAUUUUCAAUUUAAAUUGAAAAAUGUCAAACAAAAUAAAAUUUUAAAAAUUUGUUUGCAAUAAAAAUACAAAAGAAACAAUUUCAGGCUCGAAAGAUUCCUAUUUAUAUAAAAUAAAAAAUAAGUAAAACAAGAGAAAACUGUAGCAUAACAUUUGGCUUUAAAAACAAAACAAAAGAAGAAGAAAAUAAGUUCAUCAACUACAAAAACAAUAGAAAAUAUGAAAGAAUAAAAUGAUUAUUAACUGUAAAGUUAUCAACUGCCACGUCUCGAUACAUUUAAAGAAAAAAUAAAAAAAUUAGAAAAAGCAGAAAAGUCUUGUCUGUUCCUUUAAAUAAAAUAAAAAUAGUUAUACAAAUAAAUUAUUCAGGGGGAACUACAAAUACAUACAUUUAAAACAAAAGAUUCAAAAUCUCAAGAAACAAAAAACAAAGAGUGUUAACAGUAUUUUUUUAAAUGUUCUUUUUAAUAUAAGAACAAAGAUUCAUUAAUUUUAAUCUGUUUGUUUUUU